AUGACCGGACGGGACGGGCUUUCGGAUGGGUGCUCCAGGAGCAGAGCCCUGGUGCCAGGCCGCCCUACCACCUCUCGCCUUCGAAGCUUCGCCAUCACCGACCUGCUGGGCUUGGAGGCGGACCCGCCGGCUCGAACUGGGCCGGGGCUGGGAUCCAGCUGUGAGGCCCCAGCAGCAGCCGCGGGGCCCGGGUUCUGCGACUCCUGCCCCGCACGCCGGGCUCUCCCGCUGGGGCUGGGCCUCCUCUGCGGCUUCGGCGCGCAGCCACCCUCCGCCGCUCGCGGGCGCUGCCUACUCCUCGCCGACCUGCCGCUUCUGCCGCCCGCGGGAUCGGAGCCCGCAGCCGCUCAGGCCCCACGCCUUCCGCCACCGGUGCUCUGCAGCCAGCAGCGCAGAGAGAGCUUCUCGAUGUCGGGUAAUCAAGACGCGCUUCCUGCCCCCAUCCUCGCUUCGGCCAGAAGCACCUGGGUAGCGCUCGGUUACCCCUCGGGCCACCCCAGGUCUCGAGGGCCAGGAUCCCAGACCGAGCCCAGUCAGGACAGGACGACUCGCGCAUCUGCGCCACCUGCCCUUGCUGGGCUCCAACCCUGGCCUCUCCUCCCACGCGGGAUUCCCGUAGGCGGCGGAGAUGGUCAUCUCGGGUCCGAUGGAACCCUAUAA